AUGCUAUCUGCUAGUCAUAACCCCCCCACCCAAAAUCUAAAGUCCACCUCCUACCUCCAACGACCGUUAGCGAGAGAGACGGGAGGCCAUAGGAAGAAUCUUCUCUGGGAACCGAGCGAGCCGCUCCUCGUACUCCGCCUGGUAGGCAGUGCCCUGGAUGCCCUCCUCGACAAUCAGCUCCACGCUCUGGUGGAAGCUUUGGAUAGCUCCAUACUAGAGGUGUACGUUACCUUCCGUGUCUAUGGACUUGUGCUUGGACAUGGAGGAUCCUGCAAACUUUUCGGGACUGCCGUCUAG